UUAAUUAAACUUCUUUCUUAGGUGACAUCUUGCGACGUCAUCACGAGGCCACAAACACAAGGGAGGACGGGAGUUAGGGUUAUGGAAAUGCACCAUACCGUUUGCGCACCGCCUUAAUACAGGUGUUACAGUAACACAAAAGGAAGACAUGGAGAAGGUUCAUUUCCCCGGUUCAAGGUAAAUUCUGCCGUCCUGACCUGUGGCAGGAGGGAUGGACCACGGCACGGAGCUGCGUCCGAGAGGCAUAGCGAUCGUGUCACCACUGUACGAGCCCCAGGAGUCACUCCUUGGCGGGAGCCACGUCCAGCCACCCAAAACUCCCACUCAGCUGCCCCUGGCCAACAGCAAGGACCUCAUGUCAGAGCUGCAGCUGCAGAUGGAUUUCUUCCGUAAGCUGGGCUACUCCCCCAGGCAGAUCCACACUGCCAUGGACAGGCUGGGCAUGGGCACCGACACCAACACCGUGCUGGCCGAGCUGGUCAGAACCGAAACGGGCACCGGAGACUCCCACAGCCCCACCCCAGAGAGGGACCGGGAGAAGGCCAGGGACCGGGAGAGAGUCAGGUCAGCUGGGUCAAGUUCUGGCUCUGCUGGGUCGGCUACCGCAUCCGCCGCUGGGAUUGGGUCCGUCUUCGGGUCUGGGUGUGGAGAUGGGUCGAUGCCGGGGUCUGUGCGUGGAAAAAGUCCAGUGAAGAACCCUCAGAACCAGCAGCAGCAGCAGCAACAGCAACAACAUCGUCCAGUGAGUGAAGAGGAGGAGGACAGUGAUGAGUCGGAGGAUGAACUGAAGCCUAUCGUUAUUGAUGGGAGCAAUGUGGCCAUGAGUCAUGGGAACAAGGAAGUGUUUUCGUGCCGGGGAAUCGAGUUGGCAGUGAACUACUUCCUGAAGCGGGGCCAUAAAAAGAUCACCGUCUUCGUGCCCUCUUGGAGGAAAGAGCCACCCAGGCCCGACGUGCCUAUCACAGACCAGCUCAUCCUGAGCAAGCUGGAGAAGCGGAAGAUCGUGGUGUUCACGCCGUCGCGGCGCGUGGCCGGCAAGCGCGUGGUAUGCUACGACGACCGCUUCAUCGUCAGGCUGGCCCACGAGCUGGACGGCGUCAUCGUCUCCAACGACACGUAUCGCGACCUGCAGAGCGAGAAUCCAGAGUGGAAGAAGUUCAUCGAGGGACGCCUCCUGAUGUACUCCUUCGUCAACGACAAGUUUAUGCCACCUGACGACCCCCUCGGCCGGCAUGGACCCAACCUGGACAACUUGCUGAGGAAGAAGCCUCUGCAGCCAGAGCACAAACGCCAGUCCUGCCCCUACGGAAAGAAAUGCACUUACGGUGUGAAGUGCAAGUUUCACCAUCCAGAGCGGGCCAGCCAGUCGCAGAGAGCACUGGCAGAUGAGCUGAGGGACAACGCCAAGCUCUCCUCAACCUCCUCUGCCUCUGCCCAGAAAGGCCGGGGGGGCAAGGGGGCAUGCCAGGCGCCAGUGGUGGGGCCCGCGCUAUCCAGCAGCUCCAGCCCUGCAUUUGGUUGUGACUCUCCUUCUCUGGAGCAGCAACUUCAAUCCAGUCUUACGCUGGAAGCCAGUGGACAGAGCCAGGUGGGCGAGACUGCAGAGGAGCGAUGGGAUUUGUCGGCAGCAGCAGCAGGGGCUAUGACAGGGGCAGGCUACAGCCGUCCCUCCUCGUCUAGCAGCUGUGGCUCACCCGGCCUCCAGUCGAGUGGCCAGGAGUGGCUCAGCCUGCUGUCCCCCUUCAGCACCGACCCGGCGUCCAUGUUCAUUAGCAAAGACUCGGGCCUAGGCUCCUACGAGUACCACCAGAGCCAGCAGCAGCAUCAUCACCAUCAGAAGAACCCUCAACAUCAGCAGCAGCAGAAGGAGCAUGACCAUCAUCAUCAUCAUCAUAAUCGUCAUGCUCAGCAUCAGCACCAGCACCAGCAGCAGCAGCAGCAGCAGCAGCAUUAUCAACAGCGUCACCAGCAGCAGCAGCAGCAGCAGGAGCAGGAGCAUCCCAAGGACAGGGGUCAUGGCCAAGGCAGGCGUUCCGGCUUCCCCAGCCUAGUGGAGGCCACACACCCAUGCCUGGGCUGCUGUGUCCACCACACAACCCCACCACCACCAUCACCACAGCCACCACACCCAGCUCUGCAUGCCCCACCACCAGCAGCAGGCACUGGGCAUCCAAGGGCAGCACCGCCUCACCCAGUGCAGUCCUACUGCCUGCCUGGAUGCAACCCCACCUGCCCCUCUAUGCCUUGUGGCUACAAUGGCCCUCAGUACCCACCACAGCCUCCUCACCCGUCCCAGAUGCACCACACCAGCCUGCCCAGCUACUUCCCCCUGGGCCCAGGUGGGAGCCGUCCGAAAUAUCAGUCGGAGCCCCCUCCCUGGAUGCCCGGAGGAUCAUUCACCCCCUGCAGUCUACCAGAGUCCAUACACCCGGCCAGCAUGCCUUUACCAGGACACGGACAUGGACAUGGGCAUGGGCAUGGGCAUGGGCUUGGUUACUACUACCCAGAACAGCAAAUCUGGGCGCCCCCGGUACCCCCAGGCUACCCGUGCCCACAGACCACAGGAAGAAUGGACCCGGAGAUGGAGGACGUCCGGAAGAAGCUCCACGCCAUUUUCAACCCCUACCAGGUGGACAAAGUCAUGAGCAUGUAUCCCCACGUAAGGGACGCCCAAAAACUGGCCGCAGAGAUUGUCACACUCAAGUCCAGAGGAGAGAUCUUGUAGAAGCCUCAACACUCGUCACAUCACAGUCAUUCAAAGUAUGCCUUUUUAAUGCGAUACUGCACCAUUUCUGGAAAUUAGCUCAUACAGGUAUUACAACUCACCUUGUGUUAAAUAAUUAAGUUAUAUCUUUCUCCUGUAGUUCCAACAGUUCUCCUAAUCUUAUAAUGUUGCCUUUUUUUGCCUUCGCCACCUCAUCCCGUUAGCAGCUAUUUUAUUACUCUAUUUCGUUAUUUUUGUCUUGUAUUUGUGAGUAUAUGAUAUAACAUAGGUUCCAGGCCAGCAGGACUCAAACACUGCCUACAGCACUAGAGGCUACACUGCACAAAUUGAAAUCUUAGCAAGCUUAGUUUUCUAAUUUCAAGUAAAAAGCAUCUACUCUUAAUCGCAGUAAAAAAAAA